AUGGACCAGAACUCGAUCACUGUGUGUGCCAUAGUACACUUUGAGCAUGGCGAUGGUUUUGGCCGACGCACCGGCCAGUCCCACUAUCCGUCUCAGGGACUUAGUGUGGACGGAAUCGAACGCAGCAGCGAAGCCAACCAGGUAGAUGGCUUUCGAUUAUGGGUAAUUAUGGUGGAAUUCCAUAAUGUACCUCAGUGUACAUAUAUGGUCCGCACACCCCUGCUCAGCACAGAUACCUGCUUGGUUGGGCCUCAUCCUAGAGUCACACACAGUCUGAAAUCGUCUGCGACGAACGACAGCGAAGACCUUCACAUCAACGUCUCUGAGGCUCAUACUGCGGCAGUUCUCAUAGCUUGUCUUAUCUCCCUUCUUGAAAACAGGUACAAGAAUGCCUGGGCCUUAAUAACGAGGACCGAACUCAUCUCUCCACGCUUGCCUAAUCAGCUCAUGGAGUCAGGGCGCCAGUACAUCGACACAAGACUUGCAGAUUUCAGUGGCUUUUUUUCUUGCAUUAUUUUCCGUCGCUAUUCGGUUGCUUACGAAGACUUCAGAUUAAGCUGCAUGGCGCGACGGGAUGAACACGUAUAGUAACACGGUCAGUGAACGCACCAUAGGUAAUAUUCCCGAUCGCAACCGACAGAACAACUGGCCCGAGCGUUAAACCUACGAAAAAAAAACGUUCAGUGACUAAAGAAUCCAGUCAAUAAAGCCUGAGGCUGUGUAUGGCUGACUAACGACUAAUAAUUAAGAAAUGACCGUUCCAGUCCGCCUAGUUUUUCCUUAAACAUAUAUGGUCAGUAUCUUGUGAAAAAUAAUGUAAUUUCUCCAAACAUAGAGCAAUGAUUGAAAAUUCUCAAUGGUUGAGUUGCGCUUGGCCUCUGAGUUUUUUGUAUGUUGUUAGAACUCCCCCCCCCCCGAUGCAAAGCGCAGCAUAUCUUUAGUCUAAAGGCCAUAUGAGGUUAUAUUCCACAAUUAUGAGCUGUAAAAGGAAUAUGGGGUUUGCUCUUAGCCUCACUACUAACUACAGCCCUCAGUGAGGGCUAACUGCAGUCGUAAACCAGCAGUGACACUUUUGAGGUUUGCUACACCAACUGCUCGAAGUAUCACAACGCCUGAUGACGCCGCAGUAACACAACAGUUGUCCAUAAAUAACUCCUUACUUUCACUGCCUUGUUGGCUGAACUUUUAUCCAAGGAAGUUGGGAACUAGAGGCCUUGACUUGUACUGUACUUUUGUCUUCCAAAGUGCCAUAGGUCUGUCAUUUGGUCGGAUUAUAUGCAAGCUGGCCUUUCUGGGGUAAAACAAAGGAUAACAACGUGGGGAAAAUUUAGAACUACUUUUGAAUCCGCAAUGCAGAGCCUUAUCAUGCGAUCAUGGGGGCACUACUUUGGAGAUUUUUCCUGACCCGCCAAAGUGUGAUUUCCAGGCCGUGGCUUGCACAGCAUCGAAAUUCAAGGCACGGAAAAGUUCCGCCACCGCUACCACAAUACUUCGCCUGGCCGUCUCCAGCUGCUCUGCUGCACUGAUGCAGACAGCAACUGCCCCUAACGCGUCUUCAGUUCAAAUGACACAUGAACUAAAGCAGGCCCUUCAAAGUACCCUGGCGUCGCCUCGAGCGCUGAAUUUCUUCUGAGUCGAUUCGACUGACUAGUAGUGAACAGUCUUCCUUGCGAUACGAGUCUCAGAGACUUGCGCCGUCACCACGCAUUCUGCUCUGCACGAAAUUAGACCAAGAUGGCGGGUCGCUGCGUGGUAGCUGCUGUGAAGUUGAUCUCCUGCGCAUCUAUACAAAAACCUUUGCAGUGGUCCUCAAUCGCCUCAGCUCGUACUGCGACGCGCUGAAAAGAAAUUUUUAUUAUUCUCUUCGGCUUUGACGGGGUUGUGUUGCCGACGCUUCUCACCUGGCUUAGCUCCCAAACGCUGUAGUUAAUACCAACAGCCCACUUCCUUACAUUUCUUAGACCUUGCCUCUCUCCAUCGAGAUUCCCUGUGAUCGAUCACGUUUCACAGUGGCAUGCGAUUGAAACUACUCUGGUUUUAAGGCCAGAAGGGCAGGACAAAUGUCCAAGUCCUUGUGAACAUGGAGGCCCUAUUUCCUUUAUUUUUUCCACAUCGCUCUCGGCGUCUGUCAGAGUUUUGCUUUUUCACCUACCCCGAUCAACAACGUGAUAGACUGAGUUUUCCAGCACCCAUUGUCAGAGAAAUCCGGUGUUGCGCUAGGUGGGGGCCCGUAAAUUACGGAUCUUGACCUCGCUGAUGACUUUGCGUUGAUGGGCGGCUCCCUUUCAACGUUAAAGUAUGCUGUUUCAUAGAUGCAUGAAGGUAGUCGAAGGGACCUGUGUUAUGACUCGGCCUGGUUCUCAGAAAUCACACGAAGUGUAUGCUCACUCGGCUGUUGUCCCCAGCACCAACACAGCAAAGAGAGAGAACAUGGUCGACCACAAAAAUAUGUUGGUUGGCAAGCCAUUGUCGCUGAAAGGCUGCGUGUAUCUAUAGCAUUCCGUUCAGGUUGGUCAGUUUUUCUAUCCAAUCCGCUUUACGAGAAAGUUCUUGAAGAACCGAGUAGCUUCUCACAGACAUUAACCAAUCAGGUCCAACGGGGGCACUGUAGCCAGUCAGUACGGGGCGCUGUCGAACGCACGUUCAUGGCAUGCAGCGUGGGAGACGCGCGCACGUAUUUUUCUCUGAGAUCAACUAUUCAUGAGAAUGUGGACAUCUCCAACAACCGCAAACUAAACUCAUCCUCUACAAAGACAAUUGUCCCGAUUUUAAGAUCGAAGAUAUCUUACCGACCACAAUGGAUGACGAAACUCAUCACCCACUGAGCAGGUUAUGCUACUUUAGGCUGAAAUCUGCGGCAAGGUGGAGACGAAAGCAACCAUGAAAAGAAGCAUGUGCGCGUCUUCAUUCAAUUUCGUUGAAGCCUCGCGAAGCGACGUGAGCUAAGUCUGGAAGCUAAGGUGCGAGUAUACGACGCUUCCGUCGAGACGACCCUUUUGUGUGUAUGUGAGCCGUUGGCCAUGCACUACGAGAAAUUCCAUCACCCAUCCACGGUGCCUUUGUGGCGUUUAAAUGCGUUUCUCUAAUCUUGUAUAAAAUUUAGGCCUAUGUAGUUGGUCGGGGUUUCGUCUACCAAUUGCGUCCUCCCUAUCCACCAGUUCAGAGGAUUCAACCACGUUCUGCGCUAACCUGACAACGCAGUCGUCCGGAGUGUCAUAUUGCUCGAACCCUGAGCUAUAAAGGGAUGUCUAGGUGAUCAGCUGAAGCGAAAGCUGAUUUCGAGGGCAUGUCUGGUCCCGCGGUGUUUGGUCGGUGGGACUGACUUUCCUAUUCGUUCAGUUUCGCUCAAAAAUCUGCGGCUGGUUGACUACAUCAGAAGGCAAGUAUUCGCGUUGCGGCAAAUCUGUAACAUGGAGCUCGCUGAAUUAGUCAUAAUUAAUGCUAUCAUAGGCACAGGUGAGGUUAUAACUACGACGACUCCGAACAAGCAGCCCUCUACUUCAGAGAGGGUUUUGGCCUGUUCUUCAUGGUGUUUGGGGACGUGUCAUAACUAUGAAUAUUCUUAACUAGAGUUGAAAUUCUUGUUUCCACCCGCGUAUGCGUAAUAUCUGGGUUUGACUCAGAGAUGUUGUUGUUUUUGACUUCGCGCAUCGAAUUGCUGUCAAGUAUCCAGUGCCAGACCCUGGGCUGAUUUAUGUGUAGUUACUCUGUCUUACUGCACACUUGUCUAGACCAACCGACGAGUUCUGACAGUUCUCUAAUUAUAUGCUUAUGCCAGUCAAAUAAUUUGUUUACAGAACUUGGGAAUGUCUCUUCACUGUUGAAUUGACUUUCAAGAUCAGGGUGGCCAAUUGUAUUGUUUUUUUGGGGUGGUCGCGUGGCGCGUUCGGACCAGUCUCACUACCGGCUUCUUUUUAAAUCAGUUCUUGGGGUUACAUGUACCGUAAUCAUAAUAGUUGGCCUCAGGCGUAGGCUUAGCGGACAGUGCUCUUUCAACCGAACUCACGCUAGCUGGCUAGUAGAUGGCGCCCACGUAAACAGGGCCUACUUGGACCAUGAAAAUAGUGCGGCAGUCAUGUCGCGUCCGUAUCUGUAGUGGAGAAAGAGACAGUUGACUUCUGACGACUUGAUUUGGCCGGCAGCCAGAGUCGGGAAUACACCGUAGAUAUCCGUCUCGCAGUGAAAGACACUUCGUCUUACUACACGCCGGCGUCGAAGGAUGUUCGUACGUCCCAUAAUUUCCCACUAAAUCAGUUUGGGGCCAAUUGAUCCUGCGCGCCUAACAUUCCUCUGCAUCACUUUAAAUGUUGAGGGGAGGUGGAGAGACUUCGAGACACAUAGGUGCUCAUGGCCGCCCUCAUACCAUCCUAUACAAUAAUUCUGAGACUGUAGGAUGACCAUUCGAAACUGCCCUACGAUAGGUCUGAAAAUGGUAUCAAUACACAAUUCGCAGCGUUUCAUACCUCGAAAUAGGCUCAGGUUUACUUAAGCAUUACAUCCUUUCAUCAUACCUCUAUGGUCCUAUUUCUCAAAGGGGACAUACUUGAAAUGUGCCUGUCGUAUGCGCAUAGAGAAGGUUGAAACCCCCGAGAAUGGAACAAUUUGAGACGAUAUUUCGAAGGACCUCAUUCUUCUUGCCCAUAGCUGAGUUGGUGGUUUGCAAUGUUGCAUACAAAUUCCAUUCGAAUGGAGAUACGUACGAAGAAAGCAAACUAUUUGUUGGGGGGAGGGAGAUGGAGGUGGGUACGUUGAGUGGGCGAGCGGGUUUGAUAAUGAAAAAGUUUCAGAGGGACGAAAGACGUUCUGUAUUUUGGAUUAUGCAACCAGAAGUCGAGAAUUUCUUCGUUUGCCUUUAACACAUUUUCCUGUAUCUCUGUUGUAAGUUAGUUGUUUUGAGCCGCCUGGUGUCAUAGUAGGUCUCAUACUUUGAUUUCAGUAUUAGUCAGGAAACGAUGGGGUCGUUACAAGUUCCAAAAUCAGCGGUCUAGCAAGCUGUUGUAGGUAGGACCAUACCGAGCACGCGAGAAGGAGAGCACAAACAGAGCGAGAUCCAAGAAUCAGAAUGAAGAAUACCCUGUGAUAGGGCUUUAUUCAUCUUACGGUUGACGUACUGGAACUAAAACGAGAAAUAGGACAGUAGUAGACAAGGUAGAAUUUCACCAGGGCAUAUGUUAGCAUGACACACGCCUUGUCCUUGUAUUUAUCCCCUUGCUGCUGUUCGCAAAUGUGGGGACAGUUAUAAUCGGACAUGAAGACGUUCCUUUGGUCUCCUUUUCAACUCUCGUUUUGGUGGUCCUCGCUGUUUCCGUCACGAUCGACAAGGAAGACGGAACAUGCGAGGCAUUUUGUUGAAAACCGUUUUAGAUGAAAUAUCUUUCGUAUUUAGUUUGAGCAUCCUCCCGCCUAUAGAGGAAAAAUAGGAAAUAUUGCCAUGUUGGAAAUUGAAGUGUCACGCUCCUGCAGCAAUGUCUCUGUGAGUUAACCAACGGUAUGCUCCUCAUCACUUUGCUGGCAGUACAUGUCACCGGAAUGCCCUUCUGGCUCAAAGGAGUUUUUAGGGCUCACUGCCAUGGUUCAAUGGCAAAUUUUUCUCGACUUUGGUCUAGAGCACGUGCUUUGCUGUUUUCUUAUGAGGCGCAUUUAAGUUUAGGGAAAUUUUUUCCGAAACUCAGAGGCUUUUGUCCGAUAGGGUAGCAGACAGCUGGAUUAUGCAAAGCGCUCUUCAAUUAUCCUGCUUGUAUUAGCAUCGUCUUUUUACCAAUGCACGUAUCUUUAGUAGUCUUGCAUUUAACUUUCAAUUGAUUCUCAUAUCUCACCCGCCAUUAUCGCUGUUUCCUGAAGUCCGGAUGGUUUCUUGCAAACGAACAGCUUCGUCCAGAGACUGUGAAAGGUUUUGAAGUUCGACUUAGUUUGAAAAUGUUUUACAGGUUUGCGGUCUUGAAGCAUCUCCGGAAGGGUUUUGUUUUCCCUUAUUUUGCCUCGACUUUUAUUCAUUUUUUCGUUUUUCUUACAGCUUGACAUGGUGUCGGAGAAGGUCUCACGUCUGGCCAAGAUGUUGGCUUCGGAUGAACUGAAAACCCGUAAACUUGGUCACAAACUAGCCCUGAAACUCCUUCGAGUAAAAGCGAAGACAGAAAAUUGUUAGACAAAUUAUCAUUCCCCUUAUAACCCUUUUCUUUAGCUGGACUCACAUACGAGAACAUUUUGGGUGUCUGCAAGGGCCUCCACUACAGCCUGUGGAUGCAAGACAAGCUGUUGCUACAGGUUGGGACGUGUACUUAGAUUUUCUUAUACGCUAAAUUUUCCUCAUCAAUUUUAGGAGGAUACUGUCGAGCGCAUUGUGAAAUUACUCCCAAUGAUCACCUCACGAGAAACGCGAGUGAGCUUUGUCUCAGCUAUGUUCGAGACACUUGCCCGCGAAUGGGAGAAUCUGGACGUUUGGCGGGCCGACAAGUUUAUGAUGGUACAUACUGACCCCCCUUCUCCCCAUAUUUUUCCACCUCGGCCACAUCACACGCAUUAUUAAGUCUCCUUUGGCUUGCUUCCAUUUACCGAGCUCCAUCCCGGCGCCUUGGCGACUUCCAGCUUUAUAGCAGGCUAGAAAUCAAACGCUUUCGUGCCGACCCGGCGUUUAAGGUGGCUUCACAUCAAUGAACUGACGCCUUUCUGUCACCUCUUUUUCUCGUGUGACUAUUUUCAGUGGCCAGGGGUUGACUGUCACACCAACUGUCGAGUUGCGCAGGCUCCACGAAGCUGUUCUGGGCACAGCGGCCACACUUGAGCAACAGUCUAGGUUGACGAGCCAGAUCAGGCAGUUUAACCGGUGUGCGCAGCCUGGUUUUGUUGCUGUAGAAGGGAUCUGCGCGUUGUGACACGCAUAGAUGGGGUCCUAUGUCGUAUCAGCCACUGCACGCGAGCUCAUCUGUCAUCCAUCGGACCCGGUGAUUAUGCGAAAAGAAGGUCAUUGUCCUGUUCGAUGAUCACAUCCUGGUGACUGUCAUUAUAUGUGCUGAAAUGUUCUGCCCACCCCGUCAAUUACGGGUUCGUAUUUGAUUAAUGUUAACUUGAUUUCCACCGAUGCAUUAGUCCUAAUGUGCAUUCACUAUUUCUCAUAUUUCCAACAAAGCCUUCCAUUCUUUUGCUAAUCUGCGACUGCAUGGUGCAGACUUUUUGUUCGGAAACCCUCCAGCUUUCGUCUUCUGGUCUUAAACGGAAGCACUCUAUCGGAAGUAUCGACGAUUACCUGUUACGCCAACUCGGAAUCUCCUCAACUACCGUAUCGGUGCUAUGGCGCGAUCGUGUCAUGGGAGUUAACGCCUUUGCAUACCGGCAGCUCGGACAACUUCAGAGAAUUAUUUAUCGUCGUGUACGCCGUAGAAUGGUAGAACAGAUAUAUGCAGGCUAAUCAAAAGCCCAGAACUACAGUGGAGGUGUCGAAUUAUAUAGCCUGAUGUGGCCUGCCGAUACUAGUUAAUUUUUUGUGUAGGUGCUGAUUUUGACCGCGAUAAGCGGGUUAUGCAUGAAUGCGAAACUGGUAUUUUAUUCCUCGCCUUGUCUCCCACGCAAGACAAAUAACGACGAGAGAGAGAGAGGAGUAUUCCUCAAGGAUUUUUAAACCGAACUUGAUUUUUCUUGUUUCUGCAGCUUGCUCGGGAAUUUUUUGUGAAGGCCUUGAUGUGUACAAAGAAGCGUGCCCUGCCAGUGAGUGGCCUGACAAACGCGGUCUUCGAUAAGGUCCUGAAUUCUGAUCCGAAUGCGGCCAUCGACCUCAAAGUACACCUUUGCACUGUAAUUGCCCAGGAAUUAACACAGAGAAAGGUUUGACAUUGGUACCUUCUUGAUCACCACUUCACUUUUAGGACUUCACCGCCGUUAUUCUCAGUUUUUAUAAACACACAUUGGCUGUUCUGCUCAAAGUAACCAGAGGCAAUGAUUACAUUACCAGUUUGACGCGACUCUUGCUCAUCCUCACUCGUCUCGUCCGACCUAAUCGAUCGGUCCGUUCGGAGCUCAGCGAAAAUGCCCUCCUCCUGUCCAGUAAACAUCCGCUUCACAGGGGAACACUCCGUAGGAUAUCUAAAAUGUAAACAUCAGUAGUAGUAAUUUCUCAUAACGCUCUUUUAAUGCUAGACUGCACGUUAAGAUGAGCCAAAAGUCAAAACCGUCGACGGAUCAGCCUGGAGAUCUGAACGCACCCCCUAACACUCCUGCUCAAACUGCAACGGCAGAUCCGGAGACUGGUGUUAAAGUCUCUUCCGAGGAAAACCCCUCUGAGGUGAGUGGACCUGCCCAAGAGAUGUGACUUCCUUUAGCCCUCCUGUGAUCCCGCCAUCACCACCACAACUACCGCAGUAACCAGGAGGAUGAAGAAAAAAAAGCGAAGGGGUAAAAAUGCCCCUACAGCAGACCUUAGUGCUGGCGCACCUGGGGUGUCGGUUAUUCCCUCAGUAGAUGACGAUGCCCCAGCAACAACAUCCAAACUCAGUACUGAGAAGUCGCAGAAAUGCGAAGAAAUGCUGACCACCUUUCAGCCAAUCAAACCCUCCCCCGAACACCUGCCAAGAACUUCGGCUACGGAAGAAGAAACAAAGGCGUCAACGGAGUCCUCUUUAAAUGGCAAGGAUUUCGAAACAGAUUCCGCCGUCAUGGUACUAGUGUGGAUCACUUGUUGAACUACCCACUCUUAGGAAACUCCGAACACCUCCUUGGGACGUCGGAAACGCAAACGCAGGCGUUCUUCUAGCCUCACCGAAGCAGUAGCUACAGUUCCUGUGGCAGAGGGUCUGUCGUCUUCCCCGACUCCCAGUGGUCUGGAUUUGACACCUCAGAUGCCGGUAUGCCCUUUUUGUUGUUAAAGCAUCUGCUGUGGUUUACUAGAAGCCAGACCCCGGGAAUCACAAACGAAGGCGAGGACUCGGCUCUGUCGACUUGGAUGCUUCUCCAGAGAACAAAGUCUCAUCGACACCGGUUGCUGCAAACACGACCAACACUGCGAAAGCUGGUACUAUUUCGACGACCGUAUGUGACUGACAAUUAUUCUGCCCUAAUUUACUCAUUGCUUUUAGAAUCAACAGUGCCCUUCUGAUGAAGCUGAGCAAAAGGCGGCCCCAGUGAAUACCCCGACACCCGUUUCUUUGGUGGUGUCGGCUAGUCCGUCGAAAUCAGUAAAUCCUUAUCUUAGUCUCUCCUAUCGUUUAUUUUCUCCUUCUAGCUGAAAAGUCCUCCGCUGACACUACCAUCGCUGCCAACGAUGGAGGAAGUUACCAACACCACUGACACGAUGUUGGCAGACUUUGACGACAGCCUGGUUGAGCCACCGGUCUCAGCGAAGAAACGCGUCUCCUUUGGAAAAGUCUUUCGAAAACGUGAGUUGCCCUUCCUCCUAAGUUUGUGUCUUGGUAUUUGUAAGGCCUUUCGGGUGACCUUACUCGGAAAGAAAUACGCCUUUCUGUCCUCGCUCAUCGGUCUUCACCUUUAAAAAAUUUCAAAAGAAUGUCUUUUAACCCUGCGCUUCUAUCCCUGCCCAUUCCGAUAGGGUUUUCGGCCAACAGGUCGCUGACUAUAUCGCCAUCGUUGAAGGCCCUACCCGAUCGCGGAAUUCUUCGACAGCAGUCCUCUUGA